AUGUACUUUACCAAAGCCAUGGUUAUCAGUGACGGUAUUGCACCUGUAUCCAGAUAUCCAGACACAGAUACUCCGUCAAUCGCCACUUCAGCCACACUCCCAAGUCAUUCAGACUUGGCUGUAGCAAAGACCACUGCUCCCCCUACCGUGCCUGCUGUCGCUGCCACUGGCUUGGCUGCUGCCACUGCUGACGCCACCACAGGAUUACUCCCUGCCCCCGCCGCCGUACUCAAUGCCAAAGCUGCAGCUGCAUCCUCUCACUUCUUCCGCUGUGCUGCUCUCCCUAGCUUCCGCUGUGCUGCUCUCCCUAGCUUCCGCUUCUUUCGUGCUUGA